UUUUGAAUCUUAAUUUGAUCUCUCCUUCAACAAUUUCCACUCUCAUGAAGAUCAAUUACAGAAAUUUAGCUGCCCUCUUUGCUCUCAUUUUGAUGCAAACGUUAAUUACCUCCUCUAAUUCCUUAUGUUUCUACCGUGAAGAUGUUCCACUACUUCCUCCAAGAGAAAGAAAUUUUCCGAGGAGGCUGCUAGGAUCCAUGGCUUCGUUCUCUACAAGUGGGAACACGGUGACCGGAGCCGCCGCUGCAAAAGAGCCCAAGAAAGCUGUGGAGCCAAGUCUGAGAAAGGCACCGGCGAGCGUUCCAAAUCCUACUCAGAACAAGUAAGAAUGAUGAACUUUGAGUUUUGGAGAUCUUCAACCCAGGAUGGAGAAUAAUUCAUUUUUGGUUCAUCUUUUUCCCUUUUUUAGGAUUUCACUUUAUCCCUUUUCUGUUUCUUGAUUUUGACCUCUUUUUAUUUUAUUUUAUUUUAAGGGCUGUUUAGAAUAGUAAUUUGAAAUUAACAAUUAAUAGUUUU